UCGCAUACGCCUUCUUCCGAAAAUAAUGUCACUAAUCAGUUAUAUUACGAAGUUUUAAAAUGGGCAUGUAUUCUCGAUAGCAUAAAGUGCAAAGAUAUUGUUAUGGCUGAGUUAACGUGGCAUAUACACAAUCCUGCACGAAACAGACUUUUGCCAAGUUGGCAGAAAUGGAUAUUUUGCCAGAGUUUAAUGUUAGAAAAUUCCACGUAUGAAAACUCUUCUACGUGGUAUACAUUAAAAACUAUGUAUGAAACGCAGUCAAAAGAAGAAGAAAUGUUUAAAUUUUUACCUUGUUCUAGACUUCACAGGAAUAUUUUCUUAUCUUUUUAUUCCUUUUCAACUAAUAUUCUGCCAUCUUAUGAAAGUAUAGUAAAUUUAAAAAAAAGUGAUAGAGUGUCUUGUCUUUUUAAUAUUUUUGCAAAGCAUUCAAAAACUGUUGCAUCGUUGACGUCUAUACUACAAGGAAUACAUUACAUAGUCAGCGAUAUUAACAUAGGUGCACUAAUGAACUGUAUUAUUAACAACAUAUAUUCAGCCGAAGGCCUGUUGUUGGUUACCGAUGGAAAGUUCUUACAAAUGCUGCAAGACAGACAUCGUGCGCCAUUUUAUGUUAUUGUCGCCGUGAAACACAAAGUUAAUGAUCGUCGUGCUUUACUAGUUAAAAUAAAAAAUAACUUUUCUCCAAACCGUAAAAUGCAUUUAUUUACAGAGAUUUAAUGUUAGACUUGUAUACUCGUUUUAUUUA